UGUGGCGUGGCUUAUAUAUAAACGAUGCGACGAAACAAGUUUUAAAUCGUAUUUUCGACUGGAAUAUUAGAGCGUAUGAUACGUUUCUAAUCAGUUACAGAAAUGCUGAAACUUGUAGCGACUGUUAUUGCCUAUUUGCUCUUUGCGGGCGAUAUCGCUGCGGGUCAAAACACAUACGCUGUGUACAUACCCAAAUAUGUUCGACGUGGAAUCCCAUUUAAGAUUGGUGUAAAAAUAAUACAAAGUGAAAAUCCCGUCAUUGUUGAAGCAACUCUCAAAUCGAAGGAUUUCAAUGAAACGUCAGUUGCAACAACUAUUGGAAGCGGCGAAACUCAAACGAUCAUCAUCAAAGAGGUUCCUUUAGAAUACAAGGAUGAUCAUUAUUUUCAAAUCGAAGUCGUCGGUACAGACAGUGUUACGGGUGUAGAAUUAUUUUUCAACAAAACCGAAGAAUAUAAACUUAGAUUGCAGGACAAAGCUUUUUCUAUUUUUAUUCAAACUGAUAAAGCAAUCUAUCAGCCUGGCCAGACAAUCAAAUUUCGUGCAGUGGUAACGACACCCGAUCUCAAACCACUAAAGAAUGCUGACGGCAAAUUACCCUUGGUAAAAUAUAGUUUGCACGAUCCAAGUGGCAACACUGUACUUCUUAAUAGCAGUGCUAGUCUGGUCAAUGGAGUUGUUGGUUCGCAAUUUACACUUGGUCGACACGCCAGUCUCGGAUCUUGGCGAGUUAAAUAUACAGUUUAUGAACACGUUGAAUCGAUGGAUGUUACAGUUGAAGAAUACAAACUACCCAAAGUCAGAAUACAAAUCAAAACAGAUCAAAAAUAUUUGCACCCGAAAUCAACGGAGCUAACUGGGGAAAUCAGAGCUCUGUUUACAUUCGGACAGCCAGUCAAAGGAAGCGGAAGAAUAGAAUUCACUGUUGAAAAUUACUACGGCAGGAAUUCCCAACAAACCAUCGUACAAAAAUUCUCCGAAUUCAACGGGACAGCAUUUUUCUCCAUCAGGACGUUGGACAUCAAGAACGUUCUAGGAUGGAACCAAAAAGACAUGUAUACAGAACCUUUGAAAAUUACAGCUUAUGUCAAAGAUAAAAACACAGGAGAAGAAUAUAAAAAGACAACGUCUGUCGCCCUCAAGACACAACGGUUGAUGUUUGAAGCUGUUGCAACACCUCAUAUUAUCAAACCUGGAUUUCCUUAUACAGCAUAUAUCAUGGUGUCAGAAAUGGAUGGAACACUUCUUUCUGAAGAAGAACGAAAUAAUUUUCCAAUAUACAUUGAUAUUGAAUAUUCAUACGAGUGGAUCCUGGAUGACGAUAAACUUGGCAAUCGAAAGAAAGAAAAAAAAAUCUCAGUUCCUGUCGAGGUUGAUGAGAAUGGUAUUGCCAAAUUGGAUAUAAUAGCGGAUACAAGUGAUUUUAUUCGAGCAGACUUCAAAGUGGAGGUUCCUUCAAGUUUCGACGAAAACCAGUUUUGGUUGACUUGGGUUACAAAUGCUUUUUUAUCACCUUCGAACAGUUUUAUAGAAAUAUCUACCGACGAUCUUGCAUUGGAAAUAGGAAAAAAAGCAAAUCUCACUAUUCAUACAACAGAUAUUUCCGAAAACUAUUGGUUUAUGAUUAUUGCCAAAGGAAACAUCGUAAAACAAGAAUUGUAUUCACCCCUCAAUCAUGUUAAGGAAUCAAACUUUUCAAGCUUUGAAUAUAGUUUUGAUGUCACAACGGAAAUGACUCCCAAUGUUCUUAUCAUGGUAUCAUUCGUGCGUGAAGACAGUGAAAUUGUUGCAGACAGUGUUAAAAUCCCAGUACGGGCAGUUUUAGCCAAUAAGGUGACCUUAACUACAAAUACUGAUCAAACAGACAUAAGAUUACCAGUCAAUAUUACGAUUAAUGCAGAACCAGGUUCCUUCUUUGGUUUGAGAGCUAUCGAUCAGAGUGUUCUGCUGUUGAAAUCAGGAAACGAUAUUACUCAGAGCAAGAUUUUCAGUGACUUGGACAAAUAUGGAAGAAAUGAACAUACAACUACCGGUUGGAACACACCAUGGGCGAACAAAUGGUGGUCUUACCCUAUUCAUGGAAAUAACGUAGCUGAAGUUUUUGAGAAUGCCCUACUGAUAGUUUUGACGGAUGCUCUAGUAUACCAAACAGUGAGACUGGAUCCAUGCCGACCCAUUAAUAGUAGUUAUCUUGGAGAUGACCGUCUUGGCACCCCAGCAGUACCGAGAAAAGACUUUCCAGAAACUUGGAUUUGGACUGAUGGGUACAUUGGUAAGGACGGUUCCACCACAUUAACCUACAAAACACCGGACACAAUAACAUCCUGGGAACUUAGUAGUUUUGCUAUUUCUGAUACAAAAGGACUUGGAGUCACUAGGAAAAAUUCCGAGAUCAGAGUAUUUCGAAACUUCUUUAUCUCCCUCAAUCUCCCGCCAACUAUGAUCAGAGGAGAAACACUCAACAUGAGGACGACGAUCUUCAACUACUUUGAUAAAGAUAUUGAGGUUACCGUUACAUUGGAAGAGAACGAAUGGUACGAUCUUAUCAUUAUUGGAGAUGAUAAAAUUGCAGCAGGUCCAAUUCGAAAUAUUAAAAUACCUGAGAAGGAUUCAGCAACAGUCGUGUUCCCGAUAACGUUUAAAAAAGCUGGAAAUGCAAAAAUACUUGUGAAAGCGCUGACAUCUCAAGCUGGAGAUGCAGUGGAAAGAACAAUGGUUGUCAAGCCCGAAGGAAUUCAAAAGAUUGAAUCUCAUAGUAGCAUAAUUGACAAAGCAAAAAAUGAUAGUAAAGCCGAAUCAGUAAUUUUCCCUGUUACUAUUCCUGAAUAUGCUGUCAUGGAUUCUGCUCAUGUAAAGUUCUCGGUAUCAGGCAACAUACUGGGUAAUGCUCUCAGUAACCUUGGAAAUCUUCUAACAAUGCCGAGUGGAUGUGGCGAACAAACUAUGGUCAGUUUCGCACCGGAUGUUUACAUCAGUCUUUAUCUGGAUAAAACAGGACAAUUAGAGGGAGAAACUAAACAAAAAUCAGAGAACCACAUAAGAGGAGGUUUUAUAAAUGAGUUGAGAUAUCAACGAUAUGACGGAUCAUUUAGUGCAUUUGGAAAGAGAGAUAAGUUCGGUAGUACCUGGUUGACGGCAUUUGUCGUAAAAUGUUUCAUAGCAGCAAAAGAGCUCAACAGUGAUUAUAUUGAGAAAUGGCCGCUUGAAAAUGCAAUUUCAUUUCUUCUCAAUCAACAAAAUGAUAACGGAACUUUUAACGAACUGGGGAAAUUAUUAAACACAAACAUGCAGGGUGGAGUCAACAGCAAAGACACUUUGUCAGCCUACAUAUUAAUAUCUCUGCUAGAAAAAAAUUACACAACUGACAAGUAUAUAGAAAAAACAAUAGAAAAGGCUCGCAAAUAUUUGGAAUCCCGAAUCAAUUCUGUCAAAGAUCUCUACUCUCUUACGAUAAUGACGUAUGCACUCGCUUUGACUGGGAGUGAUAAAGCAACAGAUAUGUUACAAAGUAUAGAUAAGAUGUCUACUGUGAAAGAAAACACAAAAUUUUGGGAGAAAUCUGUUGUUGGAGUAUCAAAGUGUGAGGCUAGAAAAGAACGCUGUCCAUUCAGCAAUGACAAACCAAGUGCAUCCUCUAUUGAAAUGACCGCUUAUAUCCUGUUGACGUACGUAAAAAUGGGUAGAAAAGACGUAAUGCCGAUUGUCAGAUGGUUAGUGGAACAACGUGGAGCAUUCGGCGGAUACCAAUCAACGCAGGAUACCGUUAUGGCGAUACAGGCCCUAGCAACUGUUGCUGCGUUAUUUUCUGAACGAGAUAUGAAUCUUCAGGUGACCGUGAAACACAGUGAAAACAAAGAUUUCAUGGAAACAUUCCAACUGGAGAAGAACAAUCAAAUAGUGCUUCAAUCGACCGAAUUGCCAGCUAUAUCUGGAGAUGUAUUAGUGUCUGCUACUGGACAUGGUUUCGCCGACGUUCAACUUACAGUUUGGUAUAAUCUACCUGUCGGCCCGAAAACAGAUGAUCCUUUCAUUGUUGAAGUCCAAAUGAAAGAAAAAUAUGGAGGCGAGAUGAUGUCGUUAGUUGCAUGCUCGAGAAUCAACGACAAACGCAGAGACGUAGUGAACCGCACUGGAAUGUUUGUGAUAACAGGAAAACUUCCCAGUGGAUACACUGCCAACGAAAAAGAAGCGACGACACAAAAUGAAGAUACCAAGAUUGUUGAACUCGUAGACAAUGAAAUUACCGGAUAUUUUGAUGAGCUUCCAAAAGGGAAAACAAUGUGUAUGAACUUGAGAUUGACACGUUUUGCAGAAGUAUCCGGAAUUAAACCUCAGUUAUUUCAAGCAUAUGAUUACUACGAACCAGCCAAAACAACAUCAUUGCUGUAUUCUCUACCAGAAACAGACGAAGGGCGGAUAUGUGCCUCUUGUGGAUCAGAUUGUGUUGGAUGCCCACCAAAACAAAUUACACUGGAUUACUGCAAGUAUCCUUGUCUCAAAAAAAUACAAGCAAUUGAUAAUGGAUAUUGUGACUUCCCUUGUCCAGAUUAUACUGACGGUCUUUACUUCGAUCCUGGAUCGCAUAUUUACAAACUGAUGCAAAAAUAUUCCAAACAUACCAAAUGCAGUGUUCCCAAUGGUGCAGGAAACUCAGAACUAUAUAUGGGCCCACCAGCCACACUGCUCGAUGGUAAAAGCGAAUACAUUGAAUGUUCCUCUUCCAGAUAUUUGAAGCAAAUGCUUUCAAGCAAAAAAGGAUUUACAAUAUCGUUAUUGGUGUAUCUUAGGGAAAAUCCACCAUACGCAAAACGCUUUACUUUCUUCACAAUCGGAACAAAAAAAUCCAGAAAACCUUUUGUGGUGUUUGAAAAACCUCAAUGGUCUUCCUAUUACUCAUUUCGGGUAAACUUGAAUGGAUUCGAAUAUACCGUCGACGAUAUAUAUUCGUAUGGCGAGAUUAAACCUAAUAAAUGGACGAUGCUAACAGUAAGAUUGAGACAGGCAAAAGCUGAGGUCUUUUUAAACGACAAAAGAAAAGGAAAAAGUUCUAGAAAAAGACGAGCUACAAGAAAAAUAACAUCCGGUUUUACUCUCAAGAUAGGACAACCUCUCAUUGUGAAAGGCAAGCGACAAGGAAACCUCAAAGGACUGGUGUCUUCGCUUCAUAUUUGGUCUCGUUAUUUGAACUACCAACAAAUUUUGGAUUUCUACUAUUAUGUCAAUCCAAUGAUGUCAAUUCACGAUCCUCGACUGAGCAAUUCUCGAGUACAAGAGCUUCUCCCUAAUACGUUGCGUCAGUGUUUCAUGGAUUCAAAUUAUGAGUCAUCUGAUUUGAAGAAAAGAGCGGGAAGUUUAGCCACAUCCUGCGACGAUAUGAGCGCAAUAUAAUGUUCUAAUUUUGUCGCAUCUUUAAAACCUGUCAAAUUAAAUUUUACCAAUAGUUAUACUUGCUCAUGAAUCGUCAAAUUUGUACCAUUGGUCUUUACUAGGUCUUGGACAUAAAACAUAGACAUCGAUAUUUUGAUAAUUAAUUCUUGUUAAAUAUGAUUUGUGUAAUUGAUGAAUUGAAUAAAAUAUGGUUGAAUCAG